AUGCAAACGAGGUAUAUGGAGAGAUCGAAUAGUAUGGCGAGGGAGAAACGAUGCUUAGAUUCAACUUCGACUGCGGAAGAUCAGCCUGAAAGGAAACGACCUGCUUUAGCUAGUGUAAUUGUUGAAGCCCUGAAAGUCGACAGUCUGCAGAAACUUUGCUCAUCACUGGAGCCUAUUUUACGAAGAGUUGUUAGUGAAGAAGUGGAGCGCGCAUUAGCAAAAUUAGGCUCAGCCAAUCUUAGUGAGAGAUCUUCUCCAAAGCGCAUAGAAAGUCCAGAUGGAGGAAAUUUACAGUUACAAUUUAGGACCAGGUUGUCCCUUCCCCUCUUUACUGGUGGGAAAGUGGAGGGCGAGAAGGGCACUGCCAUACAUAUUGUCUUGAUUGAUGCAAACACAGGCCGUGUUGUCACGUCCGGCCCAGCGUCAUGUGUCAGACUAGAUGUUAUUGUACUUGAAGGGGAUUUCAAUAAUGAGGAUGACGAUGGUUGGAGUCAAGAAGAAUUUGAGAGUCAUAUUGUGAAAGAGCGAGAAGGGAAACGACCUCUUCUGACUGGUGAUCUGCAAGUGACCCUGAAGGAGGGUGUAGGAACACUGGCUGAUCUUACAUUUACAGACAACUCUAGCUGGAUAAGAAGUCGGAAGUUCAGGCUGGGGCUAAAAGUUUCCUCGGGUUGUUGUGAGGGAAUGCGCAUUCGUGAAGCCAAAACAGAGGCUUUCACUGUUAAAGAUCACCGUGGAGAAUUAUACAAGAAACACUAUCCGCCUGCCUUGACUGAUGAAGUAUGGAGAUUGGAGAAGAUUGGCAAAGACGGAUCCUUUCACAAAAGGCUAAAUAAAGCAGGAAUAUGUUCUGUUGAAGACGUCCUUCAACUUGUGGUUAGAGACCCACAGAGAUUGCGGAAUAUUCUGGGGAGUGGCAUGUCAAAUAAAAUGUGGGAAGUUCUUGUUGAACAUGCAAAGACUUGUGUCCUCAGUGGGAAACUCUAUGUAUACUAUCCUGAUGAUGCAAGGAAUGUUGGUGUUGUUUUCAAUAAUAUCUACGAGUUGAGUGGCCUAAUCACUAAUGACCAAUAUUACUCUGCUGAUUCUCUCUCUGAUACCCAAAAAGUUUAUGUGGACACAUUGGUGAAGAAGGCAUAUGAGAAUUGGAUACAUGUUAUCGAGUAUGAUGGCAAGUCUCUGUUAAAUUACAAUCAGAACAGGACUUUGGGUACGGCCCAACAUCAGGUUCCACUGAGUUCACAUGACUAUUCUAUUUCAAACUCACUUAAUCAGCAGAUCUCUAUCCCAAGUCUACCAGUUCAUGUUCCUACAGGACAACCUUCAAUGGAUGCUAGUAUAACAGAUGGAGGUUAUCAUCAUGGUACAACUACCAGAUUCUCAAUGCAACCACAGAAUGCUGAUCUUAAUUCUGCUCUUCAGUUUGGUAAUACUGCCUUCCCUCUACAAAACCUGCUGAUGAGUGCUCCACACCAACCUCAACUUCUAAGAAAUGAAAAUGAGUUGUCACUUGGUCCCCCACAAUCAGCCAAUCCCGUCUUUCAGACUGCCGGCCUUUCAGAUCCUACUUAUAGAGGAUUUGAAGACUUCUUCCCGGAAGAGGAUAUUCGAGUUAGAAGUCACGAGAUGCUAGAAAAUGAAGAUAUGCAGCAUCUGCUCCGUAUCUUUGAUAUGGGAGGGCAACCUCAUACUUCCUUUAAUGCUCCUGAAGAAGGCCAUCCUUAUUCAUCUGCUUACGUGCCUGCAACCUCCAUGAACUACAAUAUAGAUCAUGAGCGAAACCGUUCUUCAGGGAAGGCUGUUGUGGGUUGGCUCAAGCUUAAGGCUGCUUUGAGAUGGGGUAUUUUUAUUCGGAAGAAGGCUGCUGAGAGACGGGCACAACUUGUUGAGCUGGAUGACUCGUAG